UCCAAAAAUGCAUUUCCAAUAUUGCGCAGUAUAUAAAUUCUGAAUCAUUUUUAAUAGCGAAAUAAUCCAGACCGUUAUAAGGAGUAUCGACGGACUUCGAGGAUAUAGGUAUUGCUUCAAGACGAAUUGUAAGUCGUGUCAUGGAUGAACUUGGAUCAGCAUUGAACCAAUGGCAAAGACCAAUAACAGAAUUUGGCUCUAGCUGCAAUGCGGAGUGGGUUGUCAACUUGAAAGCAUCACCUUAUAUUGGUGAAAUAGACUUCGGAAGAAGGGAAUGGGCACGUUCUCGAGAUGCCGUCGAUGCUGUCAUGGAAUUACUGCUGAAGGAGUUGCGAGUAAAAGCUUCAACCGACUACGAAUAUCUACGUAUUGAUUCCUACAUUCGUCAAGGCAGUUCAAGAGAUGGCCUGAAAGUAAUUAAACCUGAUGAAUUUGAUACUGUUCUAGAGUUUCACAUCGAGGGAUUACGUCUUUUAGAGCAGCCCAUUUACAAAAGUGGAAAAUAUGUCCCUGGAUUUUGUUACCUGAAGGUAGACGCAAGCAGUCAAUAUUUACAGGAUCGAUUUCCAAAGCUUUGGCAUGAGAGUGUAUUUGAAGAAAGAGAUGGCACCGUUUAUCUAAGUUCUCGUAUGAUUCACCAAAGCGUAUUUGAGUCACUGAUUGACAAAUCUUGCCGCGCUAUAGAAGAGAAAAUAGAAGCAAUGCCACGCUCCAGAAAUUUUCAUAUUUCCAGAAAAAUGAAUCCUCCUGCUGUGAAUAUAACGAUACAUCUUGACGACGACGCAAACGAUUUGUUCAUGAAUCAAGGUCAAAUCAGAAACCGUUCUGACAUCGUUCGAGAAAUUGAUUUGGACAUCGUUCCCGCCAUACGUUUAAGAUUUGAUAGUGAUACAGAAUAUAAUGGCCGUCCUGUCAACGCGGUGAUACAUGCUGUCUGCAAGUGGAAAGAGGAAGAAGCGGUAAAAUCGUUAGAGUUUGCAGAUCAGAUGUUAGUAUGGCAUAUCAAUUCAGCUGGCUAUGAAAGAUAUACCUUAGAUGUUGCAAGAACAUCCCAGAAACAGAAAUAUAUACUCACUGCUCUACGCAUAUUGAAGACCUACUUUACCAAAACGAAGACGACUGCAAAAAAUGAAAGAAGACCUCCGCCUCCUAUUGUCACAGUGCUGAAAUCUUACCACCUCAAGCAGAUAGCAUUGUAUCUGAUUUUGUAUACCUGCCAUCUAUACCCACAUACGAGAGUUGAUGAUAUGGAACGAGCCUUGGUUCUUUUCGUAAAUCUGUUACAUACAAGUUUGGAGAAGAAACAUUUGCCGCAUUUCUUUUACUCAAAUUCUCAGAUUGGUCACAUGUUCCACAAUUACCCUUCACACCGGGAUGCUCUUCGUUUUGAUCUGUAUCGAAAACUUCCCAAUGAAUCACUAAAUCAAGCUGAACACUCCUAUAAAAAUCAUCUUCUCAAAGAUAUUGGGUUCGGAAUGACCGGCGGGGAUACUGAAAUCAGUACAUUAAGGUCGGCAUUUUCAAAUGAAAUUGACAAUGGCCUCUUCUUUUGAUCUGGCAUUUUUGUUAAAAUGUACAAUGAUAUAAUGUGAGACAUUUUUAAGAAGAAAACUUUUCCUGUUAAAAGGAUCUUCAAGAUAAUGACUUUAUAUAUUUUAAGCAUUGAUUUCAUGUUGAUAUCAUUUAAUUAGGCUUGCUCGAUUGAUUGCUCAAUAACAUUUUGACAGAAGUUCUGAAAUAAUAUCAGAGUUUAAUUGCUAAUAUUUUUAAAAUUUUAAGUAGUAUCUUGAAUCUCAUAUAUAUAUUUUACUUUAAAAAAUGUAUAUUAUUCAUCAGAAACGAAAAAAUCUUU